AUGGCGCCCACCCAGACGGUGCAUCAUCACCGCUCAACUACCAAAACAUCCCACAAGCCAUAUAAGACCAAGCAUGCUUCGAAGGGUGCUCUGAAGGACAUCAACAAGGGCAAGGUAGAGCGGGGUACCCGCAAGACCCCUCACCAGCAACUGAUGUCGAAGCUCGAUCGUCGAAACCAGGCUCGUCAGAAACAGCAGCUCAAGCAUCAAGAAAAGGCGCAGGCUAACAGUAUCUUCACCGGAGCGAACGGUGCCCCCCGCCAUGUCGCUGUUGUGCCGCUUUCCGUCGAUAUCGAUGUCGCUGCAAUCCUCCGGUCUUUGAACGAAAGUGUGGAUGUUUCAGCCGAUGUUUCCGCGGACACGAUUUCUCGUGUGCGUGUCGAUCGCUUCAGACAAAGCCUUCAGUAUAUUCCCGCAAAAUUCGACCUGAUGGGCGCAUUGGAUGUGUGCCGCAUGGCGGAUUUCGUCGUGCUGGCAUUGUCCUCGGAGGUGGAGGUGGAUGAGCAGGGGGAACGGCUGUUGAGAUCGAUCGAGGGCCAGGGUAUCUCCAAUGUUGUGGCUGUCGUUCAGGGUCUGGAUAAGAUCAACCCUCCCAAGAAGCGUCCGCAGGUGGCCUCUUCCCUCAAAUCAUUCAUCAACCACUUCUUUCCUUCUGUCGAAAAGGUCCUGUCUGUCGACUCGAGACAGGAAUGCUCCAACGUCGUCCGGUCCCUGUGUACCGCAACACCCAAGGGUAUCCGCUGGCGCGACGAGCGCAGCUGGAUGCUGGUCGAGGAGAUGAAAUGGCCCGAGGCCACAUCAGAAGUUGUCGAUGAUGUUGUUUUGACCGGCAUUGUUCGCGGAAAGGGACUAAAGGCGGACCGCCUCGUUCAUAUCCCCGGAUGGGGCGACUUCCAGAUUGACUCGAUCACUGCAGCACCACUGCCGAGUGCCCGAGCCAAGCGCGAUGAUGCCAUGAAUGUCGAUGAGAAUGAGGGUCCACAGGUUCUGGAUGUUCCCACUGCUGACCGGGACGACCUCGCCACUGUGGCUCCCGAGGAGAUCGAGAUGGAGGAGGAUGAUGUCUCUAUCGCCGACACAGAGCGCAAGGGUGUUCUUCUAGACGACCACCAUUACUUCUCCGAUGACGACUCCCAUCUGCCCGCGCGCCCUAAGAGACUGCCAAAGGGAACGUCAGAAUACCAAUCGGCAUGGUUCAUCGACGAUGUCUCCGACUCCGGCUCCGACAUUGAGGAAGAGGAAGAGGACGAGGCUAUGGCUAUGGAUACCGCUGGAAAUCCCGAGGAUGGCGUAUUCCCGGAUCAUCAUGAUGCUAUGACAGAAGCUGGACCUUCUGAGUACCCUCAGUCCGAGAUGUUCCUUGACCCCUCGCCAGAAGACGAAGCUCAGCAACUCGAGGAAUAUCGGGCCAGUCGCCGCAAGGAAGCGUCUGAUGACCUGGAGUUCCCAGACGAAAUCGAACUUCACCCUAACGUGCUUGCGAGGGAGCGGCUGGCUCGCUUUAGAGGUCUGAAGAAUUUCAAGACUAGCGCUUGGGAGACUGCAGAAGAUCGUCCGCAUGAACCAGAGGACUGGCGCCGGCUGCUGCAGAUCGUGGAUUACAAAGGCUCCAAGAACAGAACUCUCCGUGAAGCUCUGGUUGGCGGUGUGAAUCCUGGCGUAAGGGUUGAUGUCCACUUGCGUGGAGUACCGUCCUCGCUCCGUAACCGCCGGCAGCCCCUGUCUCUCUUCUCACUCCUGCGUCACGAGCACAAGCAGACCGUAGUCAACGUGAACAUGCACCUGAAUUCUAGCGUUGAGGAGCCCCUCAAGUCCAAGGAGGAGCUCGUCGUUCAAUGCGGCCCCCGCCGUCUGGUCGUCAAGCCAAUCUUCUCUGCUGGCGAUAACACCCCGAACAACGUGCACAAGUUCGAUAGGUUCCUCCACCCCGGCCGUAGCGCUAUUGCUACAUGGAUAGGACCUCUCACGUGGGGUGCCGUUCCCAUCCUCGUCUUCAAAGGCAAGCAAACCCAGGAUCCCGAGGUCCUCCACUCGGCCGAUGCCGACGCAGAGGACCAGAUCAACCUCGACAACCUGGAGCUCAUCGGAACCGGCACCGUCGUCGCUCCUGACCAGUCCCGCGUCGUUGCGAAGAGAGCCAUCCUCACGGGUCACCCGUACAAGAUCCACAAGCGAGUCGUCACCGUCCGCUACAUGUUCUUCAACGCGGAGGACAUCAACUGGUUCAAGGCCCUGCAGCUGUGGACCAGGAGAGGGCGCAGCGGUUACAUCAAGGAGAGUCUCGGUACGCACGGUUACUUCAAGGCUACUUUCGAUGGCAAGCUCAAUCCCCAGGAUUCGAUCGGCAUCAGUCUGUACAAGAGAGUCUUCCCCAGAAAGGCCCGGGCUCUGGAGGAAGUUGUUGCUUAG